AAACAGUAACCUUCAGGAAUGUCACUUCGCUCACCCAAUCUGUACUCAUGGUUCUCCUCAAAUCCAACCACCACAAAACCACCAAUGCUUGCUGUAAGCGGCGGCGCAAUCUCCUCCGUAGCUUGUAGUGCUGCCAGAAAAUCAAAUAAGAGCGUCCACGAUUUGCCGGCGAACACCGCCGGCACCGGAAUACGAUGCUGCCCUUGUUGCUUUCCCAGAAGACAUUGUCUCGGAGCAGUAAUAGCAACGUGCUUAUCGCCGCCGAUUCUCCCUUCAUCCGCCUCUGAUGGAGAUUCCACUUCUCAAUCCCCUAUUGCAAUGUUGAAUAGAAUUCAUCCUCCGAGGCCAGAUUGGUAUGAGGAGUUUUAUGCGUCAGCUAUGGACAAAACAAUGAAACCUUACGAAGCAGAGAUUGCAGGUUACAAGUCGCUGCUUUUUGCUAAUUUGAUAGGAAAGGGCGACAAAAUAUUGGAAAUUGGCAUCGGGACAGGUCCUAAUCUUAAAUACUAUGCGGAUUAUCCAGGUGUCGAAGUUUUUGGAGUUGAUCCGAAUAGGAAGAUGGAGAAAUACGCAGUGGCAGCAGCAGAGGCUGCAGGACUCCCACUGUCAAAUUUCCGGUUUGAACAAGCAGUUGCAGAGGCUUUGCCAUUAAAUGACGCUUCUGUUGAUGUUGUUGUUGGAACACUCGUCCUAUGUUCUGUAGAAGAUGUCGAUCAGGCAUUGCAAGAAGUGAAAAGGGUGCUUAAGCCCGGGGGGUUAUACAUAUUUGUGGAACAUGUAGCAGCAAAAGAUGGAACAAUUCUUAGAAUCUUACAGGGGAUUCUUGAUCCAUUACAGCAAACUUUAGCUGACAGGUGUCAUCUGACCAGAAACACAGCAACUAAUAUUGCCGGAGCAGGUUUCGCAGGUGUUGAUGUUAAUCAUGCUAAUUUAUCGACCGCCUCGCUCAUAAAUCCACACGUCUAUGGUAUAGCUUACAAAUAGAUUAAAAAUGCAUGAUUAAAUUGUAUAGCAUGGAACAAAUCCAUAUUUUAUAGAGAUUCCUUAAAAAAAUUAUGUAAAACAAAUAGAAUGUUUAUUAUCUGUCAUGCCGACAUUUUCACCUACUGAUUAAAUGAUUGAAGAUAAAGCAGCUAA